AUGAAAACAGAGGGGCCCCCGGGGGCCCCGGGGGUCCAGAGGUCCUUGGGGGCUUUGGAGGGCCCCCAGGGGCCCCCGGGGGGCCCCCCGGGGCCCCCGGGGCCUGCGGGGGCCCCCCAGGGGCCCCCAGGGCUUUGGGGGGGCCCCCAGGGGCCCCCGGGGGGCCCCCUGAGGCUUUUGGGCUAUCACCGCCAUGUUGUGUCUUAUACACUUGCUGCUAACCAUCCUCAUUAUCCUGAGACGCGCAGCGGGUGCCCAGACUCAUAUGUUACAAUUGCGUACGGCGACCGUUGUCUACCGCGGCUGCUGCACCAAAUUAAAACAGCAACUAGCAGCAGCAGCAGCAGCAGCAGCAGCAACUGCAGCAGCAGCAGCAGCAACUGCAGCAGCAGCAGCAGCAGCAGCAGUCUUGAGUUGCUGGAGGCGCUGCUGUGUCUUGAAGAGCGGCUCUCCAACCCUGAGCAGCUGCUGGCUGCUGUGGAUUUGGCUGCGGUGUCUGUGUUGGAGCCGCUGCUGCUGCGCUGCGCGGGCAAAUGGACUUUUGAGAAAAAUGAAGAAAAAGAAAAUAAAAAUAAAAACAAAAAAGAAGAAAAAGAAAUUAAAAAUAUAAAUUCAAACUUUCCAAUUCUGAGACAAACGCCGCUGCAGCAAGCCAGGUGGCUUUACCUGGGGGGCAGCAACGCCCGUUCUCCUGCUGCAGCAGCAGCUGCUGCUGCUGCUGCAGCAGCAAAGGAGGAGGCGACAGCCGCAGCAGCAGCCGCCGCUGCUGCGGCUGCUGCAGCAACUGAGGAAGAAGUAACAGCCGUUGCAGCAGCAGCAGCUGCAGCAGCAAACGGUGAAGCCGCAGGUGCAGCAGCAGCAGCAGCAGCAGCAGCGGAAAUACCAGCAGCUGCUACAGCAGCUGCUAGAGAGCCAGCAGGGGCAGCAGCAGAAGCAGAAGCGGCAGCAGCAGCACAAGCAGCAGCAGCAGCAGCAUCACCACCGAAAUUCGCAGCAGCAGCGCCAGGCACGGGAGCAGGUCGUGCAAUCGCAGCAGCAGCAGCAGCAGCAGCAGCAGCAGCAGCAGAUCCCGCGGAGCUCACGAGAGAAAUCGAAGCUGCUGUGCUGCGGCUCUACAUUCUGCUGAGCCAGCGUGCUGCUGCUCGCAGCCAAAUGGAAGCAGCAAAUCUCAUUUGCUGCUUCGGCAGCAUUAUGAUUAGCCACAGAGAUGAGAACUUGCGGUCUCUCGCGGCGGAGCUGCUGGCCUCUCUGAGCAGCGAGGCUGACGGCGGCGCCUUGCUGGCGGCUGCAGGUGCGCGUUCUGGGGCGUUUUCGCAGUUUUCGCCGCUUUUUUUGCAAAUUUUGAAUCCAAAAUAA